UCAGAUAAUCGGGGCUUCCUGACAUAAAGUCAUGAUUGAACUCACCACUCUCUCACCCCAUUUUCUCUCCUUUCUAUAUAAUACCCUCCGCACGGCCUCUACCCUCCUCCGUAAUCAUCCCAAAUCUCUCUCUCUCUCUCUCUGGAGAAAAGCUCAUUCUCUUUCCUUCUUUCACUCUUUCUCUCCUCUCCAAAAUUUUGAUUCAAAACUCAAGCCUUUGAGUACAACACACAAGGUCCUUGAAAAGCAAAGGCUUUAGUUCGUGUCUUGUCUUAACAAGGGUUCAUAGAGAUGACGGUUGAAAAGGAAGAUUUGGGUUUGAGUCUGAGCUUGAACUUCCCUCAGAAUCCCCCAAAGCCUCUGCAUCUCAAUCUCAUGUCGUCCUCCACUUAUUCCUCUCCUCAAAAACCCUCUUGGAACCAGCCUUUCACUUCUUCAGAUCGAGAUUCGGAAACAUGCAGAGGCGAAGGUCGAUCUUUCCUGGGCGGAAUCGAUGUGAACCGGUUGCCUUCCGGGGUUGAUUGUGAAGAGGAGGGUGGUGUUUCAUCCCCAAACAGCACCGUUUCGAGCGUGAGCGGUAAGCGUAGCGAGAGAGAGAACAACGGGGAAGAACAUGACAUAGACAGAGCUUGUUCUAGAGGAAUCAGCGAUGAAGAAGACGGUGAAACCUCAAGGAAAAAACUUAGACUCUCCAAAGACCAGUCAAUUAUUCUCGAAGAGAGCUUCAAAGAGCACAACACUCUUAACCCCAAGCAAAAGAUGGCGCUGGCAAAACAACUUGGCCUUCGAGCAAGACAAGUAGAGGUGUGGUUCCAGAACAGACGGGCAAGGACGAAGCUCAAGCAAACGGAGGUGGACUGUGAGUUCCUGAAAAGGUGCUGUGAGAAUCUGACGGAGGAAAACAGGAGGUUGCAGAAGGAAGUUCAUGAGCUUAGAACACUGAAACUUUCCCCGCAAUUCUACAUGCAGAUGACCCCACCCACUACACUCACCAUGUGCCCAUCUUGUGAGCGUGUCGCUGUUCCACCCUCUGCCGUUGAUACUGCCACGCGUCACCAUCACAUGGCCCCGACUCACCCUCGGCCCUUCCCCGUUGGCCCAUGGGCCACCGCUGCUCCCAUCCCUCACAGGCCCUUCGAUACCCUCCGUCCCAGAUCUUGACGUGUACGGUUCAAGAAGGGUACCCAAUGAAAUGACAAAAUUUGAAAGGGAAAAAAAAAAACGGUUGUAAUUGCGUACCCAUGAAUUCUGUGUUCAAAGUGCGGUCUAGACUCUAGGAUAUGGUGGUUAGAAAAAAUGAUUUGGUGGGUCUCUGAUGUUUUGUACCAAUUUGACCCAUCGUCUUCCCUUUCUAGUUAGGACUUUUUAGUUUCUAAUACUUACUUUAUGCCCUACAAUUUCUCAUGAUUAAUCAGAGACUUUGUGUAAAGUGGAGUGGUCUAAUUAAUUAAAUAUAGCUUUCCUAUGUCAGCUGAUUUUGUUC